ACGGGAAAAACACUUCUCCUUUCUUCACAACAGAGAGGCGGAGGGAGAUUGGGCGCGGGCGGCCGGCAGCGUCGGUGGUGCGGCGUGGGGCGGCGGCGGCGGCGGCGGGAGAGCCGGCGAAGGGGACGGCGGCGGGGGCGGGGGCUUGCGGCGGCGCAGGCACCGACCAGGCAACGUAACCAAGAAUGGCCGCCCGCGUCGCCGCCACCCUCGUCGCGCUCCUCGUCGCCCUCUUCGCCGUCGCCGCCACGGCGCAGGCCCCGGCGGCGGCGCCCAAGAUGGCUCCGCUGCCGCCGCCGCCCAAACGGGCCCCGAUGGCCUCCCCGCCCACGCCGCCCAUGGGGAGCCCGGCCUCCGCUCCCUCGGCCUCCGUCCCGGCCAUGAGCCCGACGGCGGCGAAGCUGGUGUCUAUGGCGCGCGACAAUCCCCGCGUCGCCAUCAUCGACGUCAGGGACGAGGAGAGGAGCUACCAGGCGCACAUCGCGGGGUCACACCACUUCGCCAGCGGCAGCUUCGCGGCGCGGAUGCCGGAGCUGGUGCAGGCCGCCAGCGGCAAGGACACCCUCGUCUUCCACUGCGCUCUCAGCCAGGUGCGAGGUCCAACAUGUGCUCGGAUGUUCUCUGACUAUCUAUCGGAGACCAAGGAGGAUUCAGAGAUAAAGAACAUCAUGGUACUGGAGCUCGGGUUUAACGGAUGGGAGGUUUCAGGGCAGCCUAUUUGCCGCUGCACCGACGCUCCUUGCAAAGGGACGUGCUCAUGAACACACGAGUUCCAUGUCAGGCCUUCACAAUCAACGAUCAGCAUGGUCGGCGGAGAACUACGUCGAGGGGUGGGAAAGAAGGCAAAAUCAUAUGCUCAAGUUACUGAUGAAGAAGAAACUUAUGUUUUAUGUUUUAUGUUACCCGUAGCAACGCACGGGCAUUUCUGCUAGUAAAUAAAAAAACAAUGGAAAAGCACUCAGCUAGCAUGCUGCCUUUUUCUUCAA